AUGCAGAGAGAAGAAAAUGUUGAAACUGUUGGAACUGUUGAAACAGUUGAAAUUGUUGAAACAGUCGAACGGGUCGGAACAGUUGAGACAGUAGAAACUGAAGAACUUGAAGAAAACGUCGAAGUGGAAUACGAAAUCAACAAUGAUCAUUCGUAAGUUUUCCGUUCUGAUUAAUGAUUAUUUAUUUAUUUGAAGAUACGAAGCUGAAGCCACAGCGAUGGAUUAUGAGGCUCCGCCGAAUCUGGUUAGAAAGUCGAGAAUUAAGUUUUGAAUUAAGGUUUUUUUUUAGAAAUCGUCAGAGGAGUUCAUCACAAUGUCCACUGAUUACGUGAACGUGAUUUUAAAAUUUGUUUUGCUUGAAAAAUUAGGCUCAUUUUCAGCCUCAAAGAGAGAUAAAGAGCGAGAGUCAGUACCAGCAAAUCGUGCAGGACCGAUUUUGUUAUAUUCGGCGUCCUGAUGUUGGUUUUUGAAUCGGGCUUUUUUUAACUUUACGUCGUCUGUCGUUUCUGAUUUCUGAUUGUUUUAUCUCUUUCAUUUUUCAUACUAUGUUCAAGUAUUUUUCUGUUUUUUCAAAGUAUAAGCCUAUUAAAAAAGACCCCUUGCCUCAUUACCUACAUAGCAUAUAUUGCAGCCAAAUGUUCGGUAUUGUCCUGGAUGUCAUAUGGAUGUCCGUCGGUCUGUUUUCUAUCAUCAUGCGAGAACCAUCCGUGAACACGGCACCUGUAAAGUCUUCACGAUUCCUCGAUUUCCGUGUCCCAUGGUUAGUUGAUAUCAGAAAAUCAUGAUAACUCAUAUUUUAAUGCAGAACAAUGCCUCAAAAAAAAAAAUGAAUUUUUUUUCGUGUAAAUUGAACAUCCCGAAAAAAGUAGCCUUCACUCCUUUUUGAAAUUAGCGAUUUUUUUGGAUGCUGCUCAAAAAAUUUUUUUUAAUUUGAAGCAUUUUGCGUGAAAUUGUCUCGAACUCUCCAGAAUUGAGUUAUCAUUUUCACGGUUGUUUUUGACUUCACGUAAUCAUUUUGAUUUUUGCUGAUAUAUAGUCUGUUAAGAUUUUAAAUCUCAAGUUGACGCUCAAGCUCCGCCCCUAUUGGCGCGAUAAACCAAUCAAAGAGCGUUUUCGAAUGACGUCAUUCUACUGGACAUUCAAAAUCUGAACGGACUAUAUGUAUUAAGAAGUUUCUGAGCCUUAUAAGAAGAAUGGAAUUGAACCCUCGGGAAAAAAAUUAUGACCCAUCAAAAUCGCAUUUUUUUAUUGAUAAAACAUGCUUUAGAACAACAAUAAAUAAAUUGUAUAUUCAGCAACUAAAACAUACUAAAUUUAAGUGCGACGACAAAAUGGGAACUCUCGAAAACCUUUGCGACCAUUUGCAACAGAUCCACGGCGCACCGACCAACGUCAAAACGAGCAUUUUUUCGAGCGAAAUUGAGUUUCAGGUCUGUAGUUUGUCCAAGAAAACUUUGCCGAGGUUUUUAGCAACAAUAACCAAAAAAAGUAAGAAAACUACGUACCUUUUGAAAGUGUGUCUAUAAUUUCUUUACAGCAAUGAUUUUUGAAAGGAAAAUUUCAAAUUUAGGCCUUCCGCUUGGAACUUGAAGGUCGUGGCGGGAAUUUUCGAAUGGCCCGUGGCACGAAGAAUAAUCGGGUGAGAAUCUUAGGGGUUUAGAAGCAAAAAUACGAGGAAUAACUCUGAAAAAAUUGUUUGGAGAACUUUCACUCUGAAGAAUUGAUUGAUAGGCUUGGAAUUGAUAAUUUAAAGCCAUUUGGUUUUAUUUAUAAACCACGUAGAUAAAUCUAGCUGAUGCGCAGAUGCUGGAACUUUUCAUUUUGAACAAAAAUCCCAAAUUUUUGGCUUGACCUUGCGGUUUUUUUUAUCUUUUGGAACAACUUUCGGCUAAGAUUUAAGAAGGAAAAGUUUUUUGGUAGCUUUAAGGAGAUACGAGUUUUAGGAAAAUGCGCAGCUAAUUUUGGGAUUUCGUUAUGUAAAAACUGUCUCAAUUUAAUAAGCAUAGGCAAAGUCGGAUGGACUUUUCAGGGACCCUUUGAGCUUCCGUUAUGGAUCGAAAGGUUUCCAAUAACUGUUCCUAAACGGGUGGCAACGGUUUCCUUUUUACUGCCUUUUUUCGUCCUUUCAUCCGCCUUUAUUAACCCUUUUUGGACCCUUUUGAGAAAUACGGACUUUUUUUUAGAUUGAGAAUAAUUUUUACAAGGGGCUGUGUAUGAACCAAAAUGUGCUACAGUAAUAAAAUCGGAAAUUAUCAAUAGCCAGGACUCUCGGCACCAUUUUUGCACUCUCACUCUUUCUUCAGCCGUUUUGCGGCCUUUUCCUUAUUUCCCCUUUUUUAAGGCUUUUAGCCCACCGAGAAAGAAAGGCUCAAUAAAGGCCGAAAAACGGAACUCUUUUAGCGACCAUUUUGAAGUCACUCCCUUUUUUCACCCUUUUUUGAGGCUUUUUAGCCCACCAAGAAAGAAAGGCUCAAAAAAGGCCGCAAAACGGAACCCUUUUAGCGGCCAUUUUGCAUCCGUAUUCCGACUUUACCAGUGAUUUUCUAUAUUUUUUUGUUCGUUCGCAAUCUUUUUGAUGAAAGAGAAGAGUUUCAAUAUCAUCUAGGUGUUUUCAGUCGAUGCGCAGAUAUAUUAUUUUUUUUUGUGUUCAUAUGAAUCUCUAUAAGAGUCAAUAAAUAAUAUAGCUGAUUCACUGCUGGUUUGAGCCAUCGGAAAACGGGUCCUGACACGAUAAUGCACGAGAGAGCGCCUGGCUCGUGGAGUGCGCAGACAGGGCACGCCCCCUUAGCGUCCCGCGCUGGCCGUGAAUAAGCUAUAUAGUCUGUUCAGAUUUUUAUGUCAAGUACAAUGACGUCAUUCAAAAACACUCUGUGGAUAGCUCGCUCUCUGAUUGGUUUGUCGCACCAUUAGGGCGGAGCUUGAACGACGACUUGACAAUCAAAAUCUGAACAGACUAUAUUAGUCGUUUUUUUUUUCAGAGAGGCCCAGUGCAAUACUAUCGUUGCAAUCGGAUCCAGGCGGGCACGAAAAAUAGCGAUUUCAACGGUCACAAGAUCACUGUAAAAAUAGUUAUUUUCAGAAGAAAUGGGUCUUUUUUUUCAGAAAAGAAGCGGCGAAUUACUGGAAAAACCCUAUGUGACGAAGCAACGAGUCCGUACGGAGGAGGUCUGCACGGCGUUUUUCCAGAAACUUUUCUUGCCUGAUGGGUUUUAGAAAUAGAAAUAUGGAUUUUUCAUUAUGUUUGGCCAGAAAAAUCGAAGUCCGUUAUUGUGACUAUCAUUUGCACGACGAUGAGCGUUUGAGGCUGCCUGAGCCGGUUCGGCGCCGAAUUCUGGACUUGGCCAAGAAGGAUCUGCCUUUUCCUGUCAUUCUUUUGAUCAUCAAAGGUAUUGGAAAAUAGCAGUUUUGAGCGUUUGGUGCUGUGAUAAUAACUUAAUAAAUUUAAUUCCUAAGCUUUCGAAGGAGGAGAAAAAAAAAAAUCUUAUUCGGUGUUUUUUAGGUUUUUCAGCGAAUUUAGUUUGGAAAAUAUACUCAGAUUUCAUGACUCUCAUAAUAAGGGCGCUCUGGAAAAAAUAGAAUUUUGAACGAACUGAAAAAAAAAUGGAUGCAGCAGCCACGGCGUUUUUGUUAGUGGAAGAAAAUGAGAAACCAAAAACACGGUGGGCGGAGUCAAAAUAUUCGCCGUUCCCACGUGACGUCAUGGAAACGGCAGAGAACGGCGCAAAUUAAAGGCGCAGGCCGCCGUAUUGCCAGAGAACUUUGAGGCGAAUCAGAAUUUCUCUAAAAAAAAAUGCAACUUUCUGCGCGAAAUCGGCGCAGUGCAUGCACACGGCACACGACGCUUUACGCAGAAAAAGUGGGCGUGGCGUCUUCGAAAAAACGCCGUGAAGUGGGAUAUUAUAUGUCGUGUUCAAAGUAAUUUCCGCGAAAUGCAAAAUGAUCUCUGACUCUCCAAAAUUUAGUGAUCUUUUCCUUUCUCUAACGGGUAUUUUGCAUUUCGCGGAAAUUACUUUGAACACGGCAAUAGCUUAUUCACGGCCAGCUUGGAACGCUAGGGGGGCGUGUCCUGUCUGCGCACUCCACGAGCCAGGCACUAUUUCGUGCAUUGUCGUGUCGGGACCCUUUUUUCGAUGGCUCAAGCCAGCCGUGAAUCAGCUAUAGAAAGAUUGAAUGUCUCAAAGUAAGUUUUCAGUACUCUUUAAGGCUCCCUUUCAGUAAUUUUGAGCAUUUUUUUUAUCACCAAGUUUUCAAUCACAAUAAUUCACAGCGGAAAUCGAGCAGUACGCCCAAAAUGACUCGGCCAACUGGCGCCGAAUCGAUGAUAUGAGCGUUGCCGACAUUCGUGUCGUCGUUUCGGCCGCUCAACGUCAUCAGCGAAGUUUUAAAAAGCUUAUAAAAAGAAAAAAAGAAAAACUGAUUCAAGCCGUAUCGAGGGCGCAGCAGCACGUGCAGGAGGAAGAUUUUCCUGAACCGGAAAGCGCUCCAGUCAAAACGCGUCGCGAAAAGAUGAUCCGUGUCGAUCAGCUUUCGGAAGUUGAGAAGAAGUGCUUGGAGACGUUCAACAAGGACCGCGGGGCGAUUUUGGACGGGAUUCGGCAGCGCGAAACGAGGGAUUAUCAGAAAAGGUAUCAUUGGAUGCGUUGCGGUCGCUUCGCGGUUAAGUCUCAAAAAAGUCAAUUCGGAACUUGUUUUGAAAAGUGAAAAAAUCGCUACAUUACAGAAAUCAUAAAAUUCUGCUAUACCAUACAAGAAUCUCAAAAGUUAUCUGGGAUUAUACGUCAAAAUUGACUCAUAAUCAAAUUCUAGUUGAAGAAUUAUUCUCUUUUCAGUCUCUGUAAUUUUCAAAAAUUUCCAAAAAAAAAACCGGUAUAACAAAAUAAAAAUUUUUAAUCAGAAAUGCGGACGCGACUUUGAGCCAUUUUCUCUUACUGUAGCCGGAUUACGGUAGCCAAUUAUAAGCUUCUUUCAGCAAGGCGCUGCUUCAUACGAAAGUUGCUUAGGGAACUGCUUAACUUUCGAAUAAUCUUGAAAGCUAUUGAUUUCCGCGCUGUCAAUUUGAAAUAACUCUCUUCAGCCGCUGUUCAUCAAGGCUCUGCCAUUUUUAGGUGCUUCGGAAACUGCCAAAAUUCCGAAUAAUCGUGAAAGCUAUUGAUUUUUUGCGCUGCCAAUUGGAAGCAUUAUUCAGUCUCUGUUCCGCAAGGCUCUUCCUGAUGCUUAGAAAACUGCCGAACUUUCUCAUAACUUCAAAAGCGUUAAAUUUUAGGGUUGCAAAAAAUUGGGAAUCUUUUACAAGCAGAGCUGUGCGCUGGCCACAGUGUUGCUCGUGAAAAGGUCGAAAAUUUCAACUUUUCGAAAUUUUUAGUCUCGAAAUAUUCACAGUGUGAAUUGGGGAGUGAGUGAUCGAAAAUGUAUUGUUCAGCAAAAUCAAAGCUGAUUCACGGUCGGAUUGAGACAUCCAAAAAAGGGUCCUGACACGAUAAGGCACGAGUUAGCGCCUGGCUUGUGGAGAGCGCAGACAGAAAAAGGCUCCUUAGCGUCCCAAGCUGGUCGUGAAUCAGCUAUAUGUGAUGUUAAUUUUUACAAGAGAGAAACCUUUGCGAUUCGACUGCUAAUGGGCCGACACGGCCUCUCAGACGUACAGCUUUGUUGUUUAGUCCUCGUUCAGCAAGGCUUUGCCAACUUUUAAGGAACUGCUUAACUUUCUAAUCAACAUAAAAGCUUUAAAAUUGAGCGCUGUUAAGUCCAAGGAGCUUUCUUCUACCUUUGUUCAGCAGGGAACUGCCAAAUUGCGCUCUGAAAGAGUACUCUCAUCUAGGCUUACCAACCAACAUAAUUUAAAUUCUCAAAAAUUCUCAUUGUUUUUUGAGAACACCAAUAUAGUUUGUUCAUAUUUUGAAUUUCAAGUACAAUGACGUCAUUCGAGAACGCUCUGUGGAUGGCUCGCUUUCUGACUGGUUUACCGGGCCAUUAGGGGCGGAGUUUUAGAAGCGACUGGACAUUCAAAAUCUGAACAGACUAUAUCGCUAUACGCAGUUGCUUCGCGAUUCCUAGACUUUUUUAAAAUUUUCUUUUCAAUUUUCAGGGUUCUCUACGAGACUCUCUGUGAGCGUGUGGUGUUCUUGCAGAAAUAUUUCAAAGUAAAUUUUGAAAUCUGAAUUUCUGAGGGAAAGAAAUAUAAUUUCAGAGUUUCGAUGAAAAAACCCUCGAACUGAACGACGAGCCGGACUUCAACGCAAUGUAUGCGCAGUUGUGCGCGGUGGGGAUUCACAUUAUAUGAAAAAAUCAGUUUUGAACGGAAAAAGGAGAAGAAAUGAGAGAGGGAAUUCAUUGACUGGCUUUUCUUCGAAGUAGUUAGCUUCCACUUUCCCAAUUUUAUGUCUGAUCGUUUUAAAAUUUGAAAAAAAAGUAGAAGCUAGGGAUCAACAGCGGCCUGAAGAGACGCCAGAGAACUUGGAGAACACAUUUUCCGAUCGAAAAUAAUAUUUCCCGAAUCCCUUCAUCAUUUUUCCCGUUUCAGCUUCUCGCCACGUUCAAACCAGCUCGAAAGAUGUUCAGCGAACGCAAAUUAGCCGUAGUCACCUACGACGAGGACGAUUUCGGCGAUAUCGCUUAG